UUCGAAAGCAUCGUCGCUCGUUCCGCUCGUUAACGCGUCCCGAAGCGCAGCUUCUCCAACACGUACACGAGCCGACACGCGUGUGCGCGCCAUUUCACUCGUCAAUUAAAUUUUUCUGUUGCUCAGUCCUUUCUUCCUUCCCCCUUUUUUUUUUUUUUUAAUCUCGGUGUACAAUUUUUUUUAAUCUCGUCGAUUAAAUCGAUUGAUGAUAACAUUGACGGUAUCCAGUGACUUCGGAGUUUGUUUUAUUAUUGUGCCGCAUGUGAGCUGACAGUGACUUUGGAUCGAUUUAUAGAACAGUUGAUGGUGGAUUGACGAAACAGUUGUCCGUGGCUUUUUUCCAAGCUUUCGAAUAUCGGAGGAAAGUGUGUGCGUUUGGUGCGUGGGUUCGAGAGGCUGAUAGAGAGGGGGUGGUAGUUUCAACAGUGGAAGACAGUCUGAUUUAUCAUCCACUGUUUGGACUGAACGAGUGUUUUAGGAAACCCUUGGGCCUCGUCGAGUUGGGAAACGCCAGUGUGAAUUUCGCUGGGAGAAGAUUGAAAUACAAUUGGCAGCGGAAGUUUCUCUAGUAAACAUUUCGUCUCCAAAAUAGGUCCGCUGCACGCGCGAGACGAUCGAGAUGAAACGAUUAUCCUGGAUGGUUCUUCAGCUUCUGCUCCUUGGCUCGAUGCUCCAUUCGAGCCUGUCAGCCUCGACGAGAUCACGGGGCAAGAAGAAGGUCGCCAAAGAGACGAAAGAGGUGAACAUCUGCGCGAUCGAGGGCAUACAAGCGCCGAUGUAUUGUUACUGCGACAACAUCACCAUAAGAAACGCCACGAACGCCACCUGUCUGGUGCUCAGCCCGUUCACCAACAACGAUCCAACGUGGAAUUACUUCACGUCGCAGAUCUAUCUGCAGAGGUUGAAGUUCAUCGUUCGAACUCCAAACGGGCUGGAGUACGUGCCGGUUCAGCUGUUGAGGCAGUUGAAGAACCUGCAGAAGAUCACGUUGCAAGACACGAGUAUCGAGGAGCUGAAGGAAGGCGCGUUCUCCAAUUUGCCAACGAUCGCGGAGAUCGAUCUCAACACGAAUCUCAUCUCGUCGCUGAAGACGCGCGCGUUCGAGAACAUGAGGAAUCUGUCGGCCAUCUUCUUGGACGCGAACCGGAUCACCGAGAUUAACAGGGACACAUUCGUCAAUCUACCGUCGCUGAAGACCCUCUCUUUGAACAGCAACAACAUCAGCACCCUCCACGACAAGGCGUUCAAGCAUCUCACCACCCUGGAGGAGCUACACCUGGUCGACAAUCAGAUCAAAGUCAUCACGGCGGACAGUUUUCACGGUUUGAGAAGCUUGGUCAAGCUGGACCUGCGCAACAAUCUGAUCGCGAUGAUCGGCGACAGAACAUUCAUCGAGAUGCCCUCGUUGAGGCAGCUGGAUCUCGAUCAGAACGAGAUCGAGUACAUCUCGGAGAAAGCGUUGGACGGGAUGAGGAACCUUAGGAAGCUGAAGCUCAGUGAUAACAAGCUGGUCACCCUCGAUGCGGAUUUCCUGGCCGGCGCGCCCGGCGUGUACGUGUUAGACCUGAGGGAUAAUUUGCUGAAGACCUUGACAUUCGACAACAUCAAGCCGAUCGUGACGAACCUGUACAACAGCACCAGCCAGUUCUACCUGAGCGGUGAGUGA